AUGCUAAUUAUUCUGCUAGAGUUCAAGGAUCAUCUCGCCGGAAACAUUGAUACGGAUACUUCUAAUAUCAUCCCUCCUCUCCCCUCUUUGGAAUUGCAGCAACAGUUUUUGACCUCCAGUGAUGACCAAACGGAGAGAAGCAAGGAUAGACUACUCAAUGAGCAUGCUCUUUUGGUCUCUCCCUUGCUUGAGCAGCGUGGGUACAGCCUACCUUCUCAGUGUGCGCUACUGGGAAGGAUUGCCGCAGCAGGGACCAAAAGUCCAGAUCUGAGAAUCAUGCUGAAUACAAACGUUCCGUUCUCUGCCUUCAUUUGUGGUGUACAAGGAAGUGGCAAAUCGCACACCACUGCUUGCAUCAUCGAAAACUGCUCCAUGGCAAUACCGGCACUGGGAACCCUCAAAAUACCUAUCUCGACACUUGUGCUGCAAUUCGAUGAGUAUACCUCAACAGUGAGCUCACAGCCCAGCGAAGCAGCCUUCUUAGCCAGAUUUUUGCCCCAGUAUGCACGUGAAAAGGCAGUCCCAGUACGCGUCUUAGUAUCUCCGACGAACUUUCACAACCUCAAGAAGAUGUACUCGCAAAUCCCAAAUGUGGAGGUUCGACCUUUCAAGCUCCAACCAAAACACCUUAAUAUCACUAUGAUGCUUUCGCUCAUGUCUGUCUCCCAAAGCAACGGGAUGCCCCUAUAUAUGUCACAAGUGACUCGGGUUCUUCGGGAUAUGGCCAUGGAGAGCGGCGGCUGUUUCGAUUACUCCAAUUUUCGGGUCCGUCUGAAUGCCCUCAAUUUAGACCGGCAACAGACGCCUUUUCUAUAUCAAAGACUCGAUUUACUGGACUCAUACCUUGACCUCAACGGAAAAUGUGUAGGUGAAUACUUUGUUGACGGCGGUAUUACCAUUCUAGACCUGUCGUGCCCGUUUGUUGAUCAAAGUACUGCGUGCAUUCUCUUCCGUAUCGCUAUUGAUCUGUUCCUCAACGCGCAUCCUUCCCGCGGGAAGAUGAUCGUCGCCGAUGAAGCACACAAGUACAUGGUUGAUACUCCUGCCGCGAAGGCUCUGACGGAUACUUUCUUGACCAUUAUUCGACAGCAACGACACUUGGGAGUGCGUAUUAUAAUCUCUACACAGGAGCCGACAAUCUCACCCAGACUCAUCGACCUCUGUUCAUUGACUAUUAUUCACCGAUUUACGAGCCCUGAAUGGUACACUACUAUCAAGAGGCAUCUACCAAUAGAUAGCGGAAGCACUGGAGAGCACUGCGAGUGUGCUGAAGAUGGCCUUCAUCAAAUCGCUCGCCUUCGAACCGGCGAAGCGAUUGUUUUCGCUUCUUCUGCACACCUCUUAGGAGAGGACGGUACAGUCAUCAACACAUCACACGAAACCUUCAAGAUGAGGAUCAGAAACAGGGUUACAUGGGAUGGUGGAAAAACUAUCAUGUGCAUUCGAUGA